AUGUCUUCUACUGGGAAAUGUGCUGGUUGUCAGAAUAAAAUAACUAAUCGACAGUUUAUGUGUUGUUGUUCAUGUAAACUAAAAUAUGAUUUGGACUGUGCCACGAUUAGUGAAAAAACUUUCAUUUCGUUGGACAAAGAACGUAAAGCUGUGUGGAUAUGUCAUUCAUGUAAAAAUCGUCAACCUAAGAGUGAUAACCAGAACACUCCCAUUCGCGGCAACACAAUGUACUCAGAAGGCUGUAUGGAGAAGGAGACAGAAGAAUUGGCAAGUAAUUUAAAUGUUAAAGUGCGCGCCAAGUCUAACAGGCGGGAAGUCAGCCCUCUACCAACAACUAUAGAGGAAAUCGGCGACUUGCUUGAUAAUAAAUUAUCGGAUACAUCACCAAUUUUUCGCAAAUUACGAUUGACUAUUCUGGAGGAUAUCAAAACAAUAAUAUCUCAGGAGAUUAAUUUAGCUGACGCAAGCUACUGA